AUCAUACCUUGGGGGUAAUGUUUUGUUUUUUAGAUUGACCAACAUGUUAUGGACAGAAUGGAUUAUUUCUAUCAAGAUAAGAAAAAUCCUUAUCGGAAUACUGUAGGCGAUCUACUGAAGUUCAUUCGGAAUAUAGGAGAGCACAUCAAUGAGAACAAAAACAAGGAUAUGAAGGAAAGAAUCGGAGAACCUUCUCGUUAUUUUCAGGAGACAUUUCCAGAUCUUGUCAUUUAUGUCUAUAAGAAACUAAAGGACACAGAAUACAGAAAACAUUUUCCUCAGACUCAACCAAGCCUCAGUGUGCCCGAAGCAGCAGUACCAGUGGACCUACAGAGCUGAGUCUUACAAAGUCAAUUAACUGAUUUUUAAUGUGCAUAGUUCCUGGGAAGCUGAAUAUCCAUGAUCUGUUAAGCAAUCUGGUUGCUUAUGAGGCCUGAGUCAGGGAGCCAGUGUGUCAGUUUCUGAUACAGUAAGUUUCACGCAAUCACAAAAGCUUUGGACCACAAAACUAUGCUACUCCAUUCUGGUGGAUAGACUCGGGAUAGACUUCUGUUAAGAUUUCAUUUUUAAAAAAGUGCGUGUAUGUGUUUUGUGUGUGUGAGAGAGGGAGGUGGGGAAGGAGGGGUGGGCACACAUGUCACAUGUGGAAGAAGACCUGAGUACAGCUUUAUGGAGUUGGUUCUCCCCUUCUACCAUUCAUUGCGUUUUGGGCAUUAAAUUGACAUUGAGGCUUUUGGGGUAAGCACCGCUAUCCACUUGAGCCAUGUGACCAGCAUGAUUCCUGGUAUAUUAAUUACACCAAAAGAAUGAGUGUC